AUGUCUGAGCAAGGAGUGGAAUUGCUUAUCGGACAAGACAAAUGGACGAACCUGUUGUAUCCUCUUGACAUGGACCUCCGCCGUUAUCUCCUUCAUUGUGGGAACAUGGCGCAGGCGACAUACGAUGCAUUCAACUCAGAGAGAAAAUCAAAAUUUGCAGGUGAUAGCAAGUAUUCAAGGCCCAACCUAUUCUCUAGAGUUGGAUUAACCAAAGGCAAUCAUUUCAAGUAUGAAGCAACCAAAUAUUUCUAUGCAACUUCUCAAAUGAAGCUGCCUGCCUGCAUAUUUUUGAAUUCAUUGUCAAGAGAAGCGUGGAACAAGGAAUCGAAUUGGAUGGGGUAUGUUGCUGUUGCCACUGAUAAAGGGAAGGCUGUGUUAGGCAGGAGGGAUAUCUUGAUCGCCUGGCGAGGAUCAAUCCAGGCACUUGAAUGGGUUAAUGAUUUUGAUUUUCCUUUGGUGUCAGCUUCGACGAUUUUCCCCGAAAUUGGUUCAGAUCCCCAUGUGGCUAGCGCUUGGCUCUCUGUUUAUACUUCUGAUGACCCAAGAUCACCUUUUAAUACAACAAGUGCUAGGGAACAGGUUCUACUGGAGGUGAAGAGACUGGUUGAGAAAUUCAAGAAUGAGGAGAUCAGCAUUACAAUAACAGGGCAUAGCUUGGGUGCAGCACUGGGAACACUCAAUGCAGCUGAUAUUGUUUUCAAUGGAUACAACAAGACGGAAGAUCAACCCAAAAAGCCAUGUCCUGUCACAGCUUUCCUGUUUGCCAGCCCUCGUGUAGGAGAUAACAGCUUCAAAAAACUCUGCGACUCCCUGGGAGAUCUGCACAUCUUACGGGUACGGAAUUUUCCAGAUCUUGCACCUACCUAUCCCGGGCUGGGAUAUGCAGAUGUGGGUGAAGAGCUUCUGAUCAACACUACACUUUCAGAGUAUUUGAAGCCUCCGGGAGAGUUCAAGAGUUGGCAUAACUUGGAAGUCCAUCUACACGGAAUUGCUGGUACACAAGGGAAACAAGACGGGUUUAAACUAGAAAUUGAGAGGGAUCUUGCACUAGUGAACAAAUAUACUAAUGCCCUGCAAGAUGAACACUUAGUGCCUGGUUCUUGGUGGUGUGAAAAGAACGAUGGAAUGGUUCAAAAGAAAGACGGGCAUUGGGUGCUGGAAGAUCAUGAAAAAUAGAGAGGAUAGGCAUUGAACAGUGCCCUGAGUACUUGGAAUGAAAUUUGAUUGGCUAAAUAAAAGUAAAUAAAGCUAAAAGCAAUAACUAAGUCCUGUCUAUUUCGAUUUUUAUUCAAUCCCUACCAUAUUCCAUCAUUUCAUUGCUAAUCUAAUUUCUAUGUAGAACUAACUCAUACUUUUCAUAUUUCAAAUGCCUCUACUCAGUUUCAUCAUGAAAUUUUGAGUGUUGAAUUUCUAAUUCUCACUUUUUACCUAGGAAUUGGAAACUUAACCCUAAAGGACUUCAAAAUGGCAGUAAGAGUUGCUUCAAUAUGAAACUCACGAUUUUAUUCUACAUAUGAACAGCAAUGCCCUAGUAAUUAAGUCAAGUAGAGUAAAUUAACCCAACAGCCUACAAGAACCAUCUAAUUUUUACGCCUGACAAAAGGUUGGAAAUUUCCCUUUCCUAAGUUCAACUUUCUAACAGGAAGCUCUCGUAUCAGGUACCCAAGUGAGAAAAUGCCUUUCAUUUUUGU